GCUCCCAGGACAAGUGGAGACAUAGACCAUGGCCUCGGUGUGCUGUGGUCUCCUGCUGCUGCUGGCUCUGCCCGGUGUCUCCUGCUGGGUCCAACAGCCUGGCUGUGGUCGGCCCCUGGCCCCAGGAGUGGGAGGCCGCAUUGUAGGGGGUCAGCCUGCAGUGGCGGGCGCAUGGCCCUGGCAGGCCAGCCUGCGGCUUCGGCGUGUGCAUGUGUGUGGGGGCUCCCUUCUCAGCCCCCAGUGGAUACUCACUGCUGCCCACUGCUUCUCAGGUUCCCUGAAUGCCUCUGACUACCAGGUCCACCUGGGCCAGCUGACCAUCAGCCUGUCCCCCCACUUCUCCUCCGUGAGCCGCAUUGUGCUCUAUGGCGGCCAGGUGUGGGGCCCGGGCCGCAGCAGCGACAUUGCCCUGGUGCAGCUUGCAGCCCCCGUGACCCUGACCAGCCUGGUGCAGCCCAUCUGCCUCCCAGAGGCCUCAGACGACUUCCCCCCCAAGACAGCAUGCUGGGUGACUGGCUGGGGCCACACCCAGGAGGGAGAGCCCCUGCGGCCCCCGUACCAGCUGCAGGAGGCGCGGGUCUCCCUGGUGGACAUGGAGAGUUGUCUGAGGGAUUACCCAGGCCCGGGAGGAGGCCCCCUGCGGCCUGAUAUGCUGUGUGCCCAGGGUCCUGGGGACGCCUGCCAGGAUGACUCCGGGGGCCCCCUGGUCUGCAAGGCACCUGGGUCCUGGCUGCAGGUGGGCAUAGUGAGCUGGGGUGAGGGCUGUGGCCGCCCCGAGAAGCCCGGGGUUUACACCCGCGUGGCCAGCUACGUGAGCUGGAUCCACCUGCACAUCCAGGCCCAGGGGCCCACACCGUUCAUGCUGCCCCUGCUGGCUGCAUUCUUCCUGCCCGGACUCCUGCUCCUGCUGCUGGCCUGCAUCCUGGGGGCCAAGUACUCCCUGCAGUGCCCCCGCCCGGCUCCAGGCCCCUGAAGCCUCUGCAGUCUGCAGGGUAGAUACCCGCCCCAGCAAUGCCAGUCAUCCCCUCUCCACACUGGGGCCACAGCCCCUCCACCCCAAAGCCUCCAAAAUAAAACCUGUUUCUCAA